AUUCUCCAUACUUUCACACCAUCAAAAAGAUAGCACUUAUUCUCUCUUUCUCUAUAAAUCUCUCUUUCAAUAUUCUUAGCUUUCCCACUUAGACAAAAGAGUAAAAAGAUCAAUCUUAUUUGCUUUUCUCUUUUGCUCUAUUCUUUCAAAAAGCAAAUUCAAAGAUGAUUCAAGAGCUCUUCGCCGGAAACACUACACUUAUAGGAGGAGAUAAUAAUAUUUCAAAGUUAUCUAAUAUUACUCCUUCCUCCUCUCCUCUUUCUUGUACUACUUCUAAUUCCAGUAUUGCCCCUGCAGCAGCUGCUGGCGCAACUGCAACAGCAAAUGCAAGUUCCCCUUCGAACGUGGAAAGCCUUAGAUGCCCACGUUGUGAUUCCCCAAACACAAAGUUUUGUUACUACAACAACUACAAUUUAACUCAGCCUCGUCAUUUCUGCAAGACUUGUCGCCGUUAUUGGACUAAAGGUGGCGCGUUACGCAACGUUCCUAUAGGUGGUGGCUGUAGAAAAAACAAGACCAUCACUACAGCUAAGUCAAGUGCCGCAAAAUUGAAAAAUUCAAUUCCAUUUGAGUUUAUUGGAAAAUCAGGCAUUUUUGGAGGGUUCGAGCAGGAAAUAAUACCUUCUAAUAAUAACCCUUUCCUAUUCUCCACACCCCAUCAAAAUCAUAAUCCUAUUCUUUCCUUACUUAGAGGAAAUCAUCAUAACCUAAACCUUGUCAAGGAUGAGCAAAAAUCAAUUGAGGUGAAUUUACAUAAUCAGUUUCCUUCCAACAGUCUUUCCAGUUUGUGGAAAAAUAACGAUACUAUAGUUGGUGAAGUUCAAAAUAGUACAGGGUUUCAAGAACUAUAUCAAAGGCUUAAAGCUUCAACAAGUAGGUGUUAUCCCGAUAUUCAUGGACCAUCAUCAUCAUCAUCGUCCUCAAUGAUUUUGGAAUCGGCGCCGGUGGCCGGAGGAGAAUUGGGUUUCUGGAGCCCUAGCUUUUCGACAUGGACGGAUCUACCCACAGCAAAUAGUGCAUAUCUCUAAGUGGCUUCUAAUUGUUCACAUGCAAUAGUAUUACUACUACUACUACUGGUUUUUGUUAUUUUUUUUUAGUACGUACUUCAUUAGGGUCAAGGGUGGGUUUCUAUAUUAAUGUGGUAUACUAGAAUAUAGUUUUGGGAUACUUGGACAUGGUGUGGGUUAGAUUUUUUUUUUUUUGGGGGGGUCUCUAUGUUUAUGUGUGAUGUGGUGUGUUUCAUCUACGAACUAUGAGGAUCAAUGUACUAAAAUCCAACAGCUAGCUUCUACCACAUACUGAUAGAAUUUAGCUUUGGUUUUUACUUUUUCCUUCGCAA